UGUGUCGACCGACGACGAUCGGAGCCAACUUCUGUGACCAUCGAGGUUUCGUCCCCUCGUGUUCCGUUUCGUGGCCGGUCAGUCAGUCAGCUCGGUAUCGCAUUAUGCUACGGUCGCAACAACGGUCGCAUCCUAACCGUGGCCGAAGCCUCUACACGACGAUACCAGGAAUCGGUGCAACGUGAGAUCCGAUGGCAUGCGUCCACCCGGAAAAUGGGGAAAACCGCCAGCAAACUAAAGUCCCGCAGAAGCCAGAGCAUAGCAUGGAGCUUCCGGUUUCCAUCUAUGGGCACCUUACAAAACCUAGGCGCCAGUGGCCGUCGUCGAAAGAGAAACGGCAUAUCAUCUUCAACGUCUUGUAAGGAACUCCAUCAGAAGCGACACACGAUCCACCUACAGCCGGAAGCAAUUAUUCAUAAGGAGCCAUCAUUCAUUGUGACACCACCGUCGCCGGAAGAUCCGACCGAGGAGAACAGAAGGUCGUCGGAGGUAAAGGUCGAGGAGGCGGAGGAGGAGGUGGCGAACAGAAGGGAGGACUGCGACGCGUGCGAAUCCACUGCGAAAAGGGUUGACAACAGUAACGACUAUUCCAAUCUACCAAUGGAUCCACCCGAGGAGUCGACCCGAAAACUUCUGGAGCGAGAACUUCGACUUCUAGAUCCCAGAGAUUUAAGAUCGCACGCUUGGUAUCAUGGUAGUACUCUUCGAGGUGGUCGAAAGGGCGCUGAAGCGGAAGUUCCGAACGACGGUGACUUCCUGGUCCGGGAUUGUGCCUCUCAGCCCGGAAACUACGUCCUUACGGUCCGAUGGAAAGGCCAACCCCUUCAUUUCGUCAUCAACAGGGUAGUAAUUCAGCCAGAGACAGUCUACGAAAGGGCCCAAUACCAGUUCGAGGACGAAGCGUUUGACACGGUAGCCGAUCUGAUAACUUUCUACGUGGGCAGCGGCCGUCCAAUAAGUCAAGCGAGUGGCGCUCGCAUAAUCACUCCAAAACCAAGAUGCGUUCCUCUAACCUGCGUAGCAGGACCAACGAACAGCCAACACUGUUCUAGCCCUUCCUCCUCGUCCCUAUCGACCGGAUCUCCGCCUCGCCUACCUCGAAAACAACAACGAAGUCAUUCUCUAACCGCUCAACAUCAUCCAUCUGAUCAACACGAUAAUCGUCAAACGUCGAAUCAACAAGCAGCACCCCAUGGACCGAUCCAAUCAAGCACUCUACCGCGAGUUCCACCUAUUCAGAACCAACCACCAUCGUGUUCCUUAUCUCUGGGUCGUCAGAAGAUCACCAGGGUGAUUUCCGACCCGGCUCUCCAACAACAGCAACAGCCAACUCUUCAACCAUCGAGUUUGAAUCAUCAAAAUUCACACGGUACAGCUCCGCCAAAGCCACCAAGGCUGCCAUACGCCCCUAAUCACCAGCAUCACGCUCAUCACCAUCAUCAUCAUCACCAUCACCAUCAUCAAGGCUACCAAGCGUCAGGAAGCGACAGCGGAAACGGAUCUGGAGACAGUGAGUUCGAAACGAACAACUCAGGCGGCGCUAGUAAUCCGUCUUCCUCUGCUCCUAUAAAAGGAGUCGUGAUUAGAAGUCAUUAUAACACCAGUAAUGAUGGUACCAAUGGGAAUAAUGGCAACGAGUAUGAAUUAUCCGCAGAAGAGCAGCUAGUUGUGGCUGCACCAUCUUUAGAAAUCACGACAGCUUUGGAUAUCGAAGGAUUUACGACUCUGUUAUUGCCAGCUGGCGAGCAUAGACCUCUAGAUCCUACAGCUUUAAGAGGAGUGUCUGGAAUGUUGCACGACUCGGCACCAAGAGUCUUGGCGUCUCAUCUAACGAAGAUCGACCUUGAAUUGGCUCUUCAACCUGGCUCUGGGAAUAGAAAUGGGUUGAGUGGUAUCGAAUUAGCCACUCUACCGCAUGGUCGACAAGCCAGGAUGGAUUUGAUAGAAAGAUCCGAGUGUCUGAAGCUUGUAGUGGCAGUGACCGUGCUGGCUGGAGCCACCGCCAUCGAAAGGGCAGCUACGAUCAGCAAGUGGAUCAAAGUCGCCAUAGAUACGAAGACAGCUCUGGGGAAUUUGUAUGGAUUCUGUGGCGUGAUGCUGGGUCUGUGUCUGCCUCAGAUACAGAGGUUGGCGAACACGUGGCAUUUGUUGAGACAGAAACAUACCGACGAAGCUUUUAGUUUUGAAGCGAAGCUCAGGCCUACGCUUCGUGCUAUGAACGAGUGCACGAACCCACAGGCACCGAAUACUACGCUCCCACAUCUGUUGCCCAUCGCUUUACUCGGUGAACGAGGUCCUGAAGAUAUUCUUGGGACCGUAGCUCCAUCAGGUCUAGCAGCGGCAAUUCUAUCGCCUUGGGAGAAUUCAGCCCCAGACUGUGGCCUAUCCAUCGUUUGGUCUCACUUGGAAUCAGCUCGAAAAAUGGCAGAGAAUCUCCCAUUAUUCCGUAGAAACGCGGAGAUCGUUCUCGAGGGCUCGAGAAGCGACGAAUUACUAUCCGACGCGUUUCGAACGGAAUUUCAUAUAAAAUUCCUGUGGGGAAGCCGAGGGGCCACCGUAGCACCGGAAGAGAGGCAUUUAAAAUUCACGCAAGUGUUGGACGCGAUGUUCGACAAGUGUUCAUCGACGGAAGUGGCGGCCUAAACGCGAUCAAAGAAGAAUAUUAUAAAUAGAAGUUCGAUUUAUCUUGUCGUUACUCGACGUUUUUAAAUGAACCUUUUUCUCGCGAGAACGAGACAAGCAUAAGAAACAAGGGACCCGAACAUAUUUGCGUUCUAGGUGUAAAUUAUGAUUCUGUAAUUAUGUAAUUAAGUGAUUGUAAUUAAUUGAACUUUCGUAGGGUUUAAUAUUUUAUUUGAAAAGAUCCACGAUUGUGUGGUCGAAUGUACUGUUAGUCGACUAUGCGUUAGAACUUUUUGAAACGUAUGGUAAGUUAGGAUUAUUUGAAUCGAUAGAAUAUUUCGAUGAAAUUAAACAGUUCAUCUUAUAACUUAUUAAAUUCAGUUAUGAACAAUUUUUCCGCGAUCGACAUUUUAAGAUAGACUGCUUGAUUCGUUGUUAGUAGCCUAAUGAACAACGAAAUUAGUAUAUGAUAUACAUUUACGCGCGAUCAUAGUUUUCGAGAAGGAAUAAGUUCUACUCAUCAAAAGGUGAGAAGCUUGUUUAAUUAACGUAAAUAUUACUUAAUUAUAAUCGUCAUAGUAAUUCAGUAGCGCAUAUAUAAUACUUUAUUUUUGUAAAUAAUUUUAUUAUUCGUUUUAUUAGUUCUUGUAUAAUAUCUUCUUGCUGAUUCAAAUAAUCCUAGCUUAUCCUGCCAUAUUCGUUAUCGAGUCGUUUCCUCACGAUUCUCACAAUUUUUUGAAUUGUUUCUUCAAACGAGAUCGCAAAUUGUAAUUGUAACUCGUGGAACGUGAUUUUUCCAUCGCGGCGAAUGACAUUUUUUGUAAGAGAAGAAAUAAGAAACAACGAAAUAAUAAGUGUUUUGCGAUAAUAAUUCGCCGCGAUGGUGGAAUUGUAUCUCUAAGGAACAAAAAAAUCAAAAGCACAUAGCAUUAACGUGACUUGGACGUAUAGUAUAUCGCAGAUAUAAUGAUAAAACGUGUCGUAUUUAGCGCAAUAACGAUUCCCGAGAAUGUUUAAUGAUCCUUUUAUUAUUAACAGGAAAACCGUAUUUAACGUCUUGGAAGAAAAGUGGGCGACGAGAGAUAUGAUAAUCAAAUCGAGUUGAACUUGUGUACUUAACGCUCUAACCGAUCCUAUUAUUACUCGACCGAUUAUACGUUGUAAAUGUUGUUCACGUUUGUUCACAUUUAAUAAUAUAUACGGAGAAUGAAAAUCAA